AUGUUAAACUCUACUGAGUCAGAGAACCCUGCUCCCAUUUCAACUCCCUUUUUAGAAUGUUUCGUAACAGAACCCAGGAAGGAGCUUCAAGGUUCACGCGACACGCACGUCUCUUAUUUAAUAAUUACAAAGACGAAUUCACCCUUAUUCACACGACCAGAAUGUAAAGUACGACGUCGAUUUUCUGAUUUCGUCAAGCUUCAAGAGAUAUUGUCUCGAUUGAAUGAAGAUUGUGUUGUUCCACCGCUUCCUGCUAAACAUAAACUAGAAUACAUAAAAGGAAAUCGAUUUUCUGAUAACUUCAUAAACAGAAGGGCCAGCCUUUUGAAUCGGUACAUCACUCGCUGUGCUUUUCAUCCGGUUUUACAUCGUUCUCCUCACUUCAUUGCCUUUUUGGAGAACCCAAACUGGAAUAACUAUGUUCGCUAUUUCAUUCAACCAAAAUUAAACACUACCUCGAAGCUGGAUGAGUUUUCCGACUCAUUGCUUAACGCCUUUUCGAAACUCAAGGAAGAGCCUACUGAAUUCGAUAUUCAACGGGAUCAUGUGCAACAGUUCAUGCUGGGUAUUUCUAACCUCGAAACCUCCAUUCAAAGAAUCGUUCGACUUGAGAAAACCCUCGAGACUGACUACGAAGAUGUUUCUGCCCAGUUUGAUCGAUUGGCUUCGUUAGACCAAACACUCGAAAUUCCCGUUGAGUCUAUACACCAAGCUCUUCAAAAAACAGGCGAAGAGUAUUCUUUUUUGAUCGAGAAGCUAACUCUUUUACUCGACACAAUAAAAGAUGUCCAGUCUUAUGCCCAAUCUCUCAAAGAACUAUUAAAACGCCGUGACCAAAAGCAGCAGGAUGUAGAGGCAUUGCAAGAAUAUUCAUCAAAACUCUCUUUAGAUAGAGAUAAAAUAUCCUCCGGAGGCUCUAGUGGAUUUAGCUUUUCUAAAACGUUUGAUGAUUUGCGUGGAGUUGAUCACAAUGAUUCUCGGCUGAAGCGAUUAGAGCAGGUUCAGUCGGAACUACAGGCUGUGGAGCAGGCUAUUCAAGAAGCAUCUAUUGUUCAUGAAGCAUUCAAUCAACGUGUUCGGGAGGAAACAAAGCUUUUUGAUAAUGUCCGCCAAAGCGAGAUGCUUAGUGCAAUUAAUGACUACGCGAACGUCCAUGUCGAAUUUUUUACAAAUAUUCGGGAGCUAUGGCUUCACGCCAAGCAAUGA